CGCGCGGGUGCCGCGCUGUGGGGAGCCGGUCGCGCCGCGGGCUGUCAGCUGGCUCCGCGCCGCUGCCCGAUGGCGCGAGGGGGCGCGCGGGCCCGGGCCCGGGGGGCUUCCCCCGAUCGCGGGUGAGCCCUCCGCCGGCCGCCCGCGAGCAUGUCACCUCCAGCCGCCGCAGCCUCCGCCCGCAACGCCCGCGUCCCGGCCUCCCGCAGCCGCAGCCACCGCCCGGGGCAUUGGCCCCCAGACCCCCGCCCCUGAACGACGCGGGACCCGGCGCCGGAGCACCAUGGCUGGCCAGGGGGACUGCUGCGUCAAGGUGGCCAUCAGGAUCCGGCCUCAGCUGUCAAAAGAGAAGAUUGAGGGCUGUCACAUCUGCACCUCGGUCACCCCGGGGGAGCCCCAGGUUCUCCUGGGGAAGGACAAGGCCUUCACCUAUGACUUUGUCUUCGACCUGGACACCUGGCAGGAGCAGAUCUACUCCACCUGCGUGAGCAAGCUGGUGGAGGGCUGCUUCGAGGGCUACAAUGCCACGGUGCUGGCUUAUGGGCAGACGGGGGCCGGGAAGACAUACACUAUGGGCACUGGCUUCGAUGUGACGACAUCGGAGGAGGAGCAGGGCAUCAUUCCGAGGGCCAUCGCCCACCUCUUUGGGGGCAUCGCUGAGCGCAAGCGGCGGGCACAGGAGCAGGGUGUGGCUGGGCCCGAGUUCAAAGUCAGCGCCCAGUUCCUGGAGCUCUACAACGAGGAGAUCCUGGACCUCUUCGACAGCGCCCGCGACCCCGACGCCCGCCACCGCAGGUCCAACAUCAAGAUCCACGAGGACGCCACUGGCGGCAUCUACACCACGGGCGUCACCUCCCGCCUCGUCAGCUCCCAGGAGGAGCUGAUCCAGUGCCUGAAGCAGGGCGCCCUGUCGCGCACCACGGCCAGCACCCAGAUGAAUGUGCAGAGCUCCCGCUCCCACGCCAUCUUCACCAUCCACGUGUGCCAGAUGCGUGUGUGUGCCCAGCCUGACCUGGUGAACGAGGCCAUGGCUGGGCUUCCUGAGGGCGCCGCUCCCACGAGUGAGUUUGAGACGCUCACUGCCAAGUUUCACUUUGUGGACCUGGCCGGCUCGGAGCGGCUAAAGCGGACGGGGGCCACCGGCGAGCGGGCCAAGGAGGGCAUCUCCAUCAACUGUGGCCUGCUGGCCUUGGGCAACGUGAUCAGCGCCUUGGGGGACCAGAGCAAGAAAGUGGUGCACGUGCCCUACAGGGACUCCAAGCUCACCCGGCUCCUCCAGGACUCACUGGGCGGCAACAGCCAGACCAUCAUGAUCGCCUGCGUGAGCCCCUCGGACCGUGACUUCAUGGAGACGCUGAACACACUCAAGUACGCCAACCGGGCUCGUAACAUCAAGAACAAGGUGGUGGUGAACCAGGACAAGACCAGCCAGCAGAUCAGCGCGCUGCGGGCUGAGAUCGCGCGCCUGCAGAUGGAGCUGAUGGAGUACAAGGCGGGCAAGAGGGUGAUGGGGGAGGACGGCACCGAGGGCUACAGUGACCUGUUCCGGGAGAACGCCAUGCUGCAGAAGGAGAAUGCGGCGCUGCGCCUGCGAGUGAAGGCCAUGCAGGAGGCCAUCGACGCCAUCAACAACCGCGUCACACACCUCAUGAGCCAGGAGGCCAACCUGCUUCUGGCCAAGGCCGGAGACGGCAACGAGGCCAUCGGUGCUCUGAUCCAAAACUACAUCCGGGAGAUUGAGGAGCUGCGGACCAAGCUCCUGGAGAGCGAGGCCAUGAAUGAGUCCCUGCGUCGCAGCCUCUCCAGGGCCUCGGCCAGGGGCCCCUACUCCCUGGGUGCAUCCCCGGUCGCCCCAGCCAGCUCCAUGGAGGAUGCCUCUGAGGUCAUCCGCAGGGCCAAGCAGGACCUGGAGCGGCUCAAGAAGAAGGAGGUCAGGCAGCGGAGAAAGAGCCCAGAGAAGGAGGCCUUCAAAAAGAGGGCGAAAAUCCAACAGGAAAACAGCGAGGAGACCGAUGAGAAUGAGGCUGAGGAGGAGGACGAGGAGCAAGAGGAGAGCGGCUGUGAGGACGAGGACGAGGACUCAGGCAGCGAGGAGAGCCUGGUGGACUCGGACUCGGACCCCGAGGAGAAGGAAGUGAACUACCAGGCGGACCUGGCCGACCUGACCUGCGAGAUCGAAAUCAAGCAGAAGCUGAUUGACGAGCUGGAGAACAGCCAGCGGCGGCUGCAGACGCUCAAGCACCAGUACGAGGAGAAGCUGAUCCUGCUGCAGAACAAGAUCCGGGACACGCAACUGGAGCGCGACCGCGUGCUGCAGAACCUCAGUACCAUGGAGUGCUACACGGAGGAGAAGGCCAACAAGAUCAAGGCCGACUACGAGAAGAGGCUGCGGGAGAUGAACCGCGACCUGCAGAAGCUGCAGGCCGCACAGAAGGAGCACGCGCGGCUGCUCAAGAACCAGUCUCGCUACGAGAGGGAGCUGAAGAAGCUGCAGGCCGAGGUGGCCGAGAUGAAGAAGGCCAAGGUGGCCCUGAUGAAGCAGAUGCGGGAGGAGCAGCAGCGGCGGCGGCUUGUAGAGACCAAGAGGAACCGGGAGAUCGCUCAGCUCAAGAAGGAGCAGCGGCGACAGGAGUUUCAGAUCCGGGCUCUGGAGUCCCAGAAGCGGCAGCAGGAAAUAGUCCUGAGGAGGAAAACCCAGGAGGUUUCUGCACUGAGGCGCCUGACCAAGCCCAUGUCUGAGCGGGUGGCGGGGCGAGUGGGCCUGAAGCCGCCUAUGCUGGACUCCGGGGCUGAGGUGUCGGCCAGCACCACCUCGUCCGAGGCCGAGUCGGGGGCCCGCUCCGUCUCCAGCAUCGUGCGUCAGUGGGACCGCAAAAUGGGCCACUUCUUGGGGAACCACCCCACGCCUGCUGUGCCUGGCACCCGCCCUCCCAGGACCCCUUGGCCUUGGUCCCUCAGAAAGAAGUUCCAGAAGAAGGGGGCCAGCCAGAGCUUCAGCAAGGCUGCCAGGCUGAAGUGGCAGUCCCUGGAGCGGAGGAUCAUCGACAUCGUCAUGCAGAGGAUGACCAUCGUCAACCUGGAGGCCGACAUGGAGCGGCUCAUCAAGAAAAGGGAGGAGCUGUUCCUCCUGCAGGAGGCGCUGCGGAGGAAGCGGGAAAGGCUGCAGGCCGAGAGCCCGGAGGAGGAGAAGGGGCUGCAGGAGCUGGCGGAGGAGAUCGAGGUGCUGGCCGCCAACAUCGACUACAUCAAUGACAGCAUUGGUGACUGCCAGGCCACCAUCGUGCAGCUGGAGGAGACCAAGGAGGAGCUGGACUCCACAGACACGUCGGUGGUCAUCAGCUCCUGCUCGCUGGCUGAAGCCCGUCUCCUGCUGGACAACUUCCUGAAGGCGUCCAUCGACAAGGGGCUGCAGGUGGCUCAGAAGGAGGCCCAGAUCCGGCUGCUGGAGGGCCGGCUGAGGCAGACAGACAUAGCGGGUUCCUCCCAGAACCACCAGCUGCUGGACGCCCUGCGGGAGAAGGCGGAGGCCCACCCCGAGCUGCAGGCCCUCAUCUACAAUGUGCAGCAGGAGAACGGCUACGCCAGCACAGAUGAGGAGGUGUCCGAGUUCUCGGAGGGGAGCUUCUCCCAGUCGUUCACUAUGAAAGGCUCUACCAGCCAUGACGAUUUCAAGUUCAAGGGGGAGCCCACGCUGUCUGCCCAGAUGAAGGCCGUGUCGGCCGAGUGCCUGGGCCCCCCGCUGGAUGCCUCCACCAAGAACAUCACCAAGUCCCUGGCCUCCCUGGUGGAGAUCAAAGAGGACGGAGUGGGCUUCUCCGUCCGAGACCCCUACUACCGGGACAAGGUCUCGCGGACCAUCAGCCUGCCCACCAGAGGGAGCACUUUCCCCCGGCAGUCUCGAGGCGCCGAGACGUCCCCGCUGACCCGGAGGAAGUCUUACGACCGAGGGCAGCCCAUCAGGUCCACAGAUGGGUUCACACCCCCCUCAUCCCCUCCUACUCGGCCCCGCAACGACCGAAACGUCUUCUCUCGUCUCACCAGUAAUCAGAGCCAAGGAUCAGCACUGGACAAGUCUGAUGACAGCGACUCCUCUUUGUCGGAGGUCCUGAGGGGCACCAUCAUCCCUGUGGGAGGAGCCAAGGGCGCGCGGACGGCCCCGCUGCAGUGUGUCUCCAUGGCCGAGGGCCACACCAAGCCCAUCCUCUGCCUGGACGCCACGGACGAGCUGCUCUUCACAGGGUCCAAAGACCGCAGCUGUAAGGUGUGGAACUUGGUCACGGGGCAGGAGAUCGUUGCUCUGAAGGGCCACCCCAACAACGUGGUCUCCAUCAAGUACUGCAGCCACUCUGGGCUCGUGUUCUCUGUGUCCACCUCCUACAUCAAGGUGUGGGACAUCCGGGACUCGGCCAAGUGCAUCCGGACCCUCACGUCCUCAGGCCAGGUGGUCUCAGGCGAUGCCUGUGCCGCGGCGUCCACCCGCAGCAUCACCAGCGCCCAGGGGGAGCACCAGGUCAACCAGAUCGCCCUCAGCCCCUCGGGCACCAUGCUGUAUGCCGCCUCGGGAAACGCCGUCCGCAUCUGGGAGCUCAGCAGAUUCCAGCCCAUCGGCAAGCUGACUGGCCACAUUGGCCCUGUGAUGUGCCUGACGGUCACCCAGACCGCCAGCCAGCACGACCUGGUAGUGACCGGCUCCAAGGACCACUAUGUUAAGAUGUUCGAGCUGGGCGAGUGCGUGUCAGGCACCGUGGGCCCCACGCACAACUUUGAGCCCCCGCACUACGACGGCAUCGAGUGUCUGGCCAUCCAGGGGGACGUCCUGUUCAGCGGCUCCCGAGACAACGGCAUCAAGAAGUGGGACCUGGAACAGCAGGAGCUCGUGCAGCAAAUCCCCACCGCUCACAAGGACUGGGUGUGCGCCCUGGCCUUCGUCCCGGGACGCCCCAUGCUGCUGAGCGCCUGCCGUGCAGGCGUCAUCAAGGUGUGGAACGUGGACAACUUCACACCCAUCGGCGAGAUCAAGGGCCACGACAGCCCCAUCAACGCCAUCUGCACCAACGCCCGGCACGUCUUUACCGCCUCCAGUGACCUGACGGUGAAGUUCUGGACUGCCCGGCGCUUACCCAGCGGCACCCGCUAGGAGUGAGGUCAGAGGGCCGCCCGACCCUCCACCCAGCAGCCUGGACAGCGCGGAGAGGAAGCUGGGGCCAGAGGCCCCUCUGCUGCUCCCCGGCCUCUCCCCAGCCUCCUCACAGGGUACUGUCCACCCCCUCCUUGGGGACAGGGAGGUCGGGAGGAAAUUAAGCUGUGAAGCCAAAGGGCGUUUCCCGUCGUCUCUCUCCCCUCCACCCCUGGCCUCGGUUUUCUCUUGCUGAGCUGGCCAUGCCCUUCUUCCAGCCUUUGGCCCAGGGCAGGGCCUGUAGGGGAGGUGAGGCAGCCCCCCCACCGUGUUCCUCAGACGUGCAGGCCUCCCCUGCCUCCCCUGGUCCAGCCACUGCACCUGCCUCUGAGCCCAAAAAGAUAGCCCUCAGGUAACCGUGGAAACCAGGUGUCGGCAGCUGGGCGUGCAGCUGGCCUUCAGCCCCUCGGCCACCGGUAGCCACUCCCCGAGGACCCCAGUGCUCCCCUGGGCCCCUUUCUGAUGGGACCACAGUGGAGCUGCUGUAGCGCCUCCUUUGGGGAGAUGAGCAGGAUUCUUCAGUGGUUUAACUUAUUUAUUUUCACUUUUGCUGUUGCCUCCUGGAAACUGACUUGAAGUUUCUUCCCACAUCUUCUUUCCCUCCACUCUUGGGGGCCAGGAGUCCCAAAGGGGGUCCUACUCCCGCCCUCCAGGGCUGCCCCUCCAUUUGCUCUGCUCUGCAGCCCGGGCCUGCCCCCCUCCUUGCCCUGGAGACCACUCGAGUGCCCCGACUCUGGCCGCCUGCUGCGUCAGUGCCUUCCUCCGUUGGGGCUGGCACCCUUCCUGGGCAGCCUUACACCAGCCAUGCCCGCAGCGCCACAUGUGUCUUCUCACCACGGGGUCUCCUGCCCACGGCCCCCGCAUCCCAGAGCCGGGGCCCCACUGCCAGAGCCCUGCGUGGGCCACGUAGGAAGCAGCUCAGAGGCCCGUCCACCAUGACGUGGCUUGGAUGGUGCACCCGGCCCCGCCCCACCCCAGCCCCCUGCAUCUCACCCCAACCAGGCAGAGCCCCUAGCUUCUUUCUCUGGUUUCUCCGGAGAUGCGUUUUCAAGCCUUGACCGGCACAGGGAAUGGGGCUCUCCCUUUAGGAGAUCAGCGGAGGGAGGGACUUCACUGAGUUUCUUUGGGACUGUGGACUCCCAGCUCCAGAGACUUUGUUAAGUCCGCCUUCCAGCGGCAGGCGGGGCCCGGGAGGGAGCACGCUGUGCCUGCCCCUCCCCCGCCCUGACCUGUCCGCCUGCUUUUCCGAUGGUUAACUGGUCUUGUGCUUCCCGGCCUUUCUGGGCGCCGGGAGCCACGGCUCUGUUUAGAGGACACGGUGACCUGGGUCUUCCGGAGGUGGCCCUGGGCUCUGCCCUCGGUGCCCCUCCCUCCGCGGCAGGGCACUGAGCCUGCCCUGCGGGGCCCCAGCGCGUGGGCACCUGGCACACAGGGCAGAGGGAGGAACACGGCCUGUCCCCCUGCCCAGAGCUGCCCCUCAGGCUAAGAAAGUCGUCCUGCUGUGAGGGGCCCCUGCUUGAUGUGGGGGUGAAGUCUGAGCGAGCCGUUGUGCUGCAGGAAUGUGCCUGGAGCUUGGGACAGUCUGUUUUUGGGACUGGAGGCCCCUCCUACUCGGCCAUCCUGGGGGUGCCAGGAGCUCCCUCCGCCGCUCAGAAAAUAGUGUGAGCCUCCCUCACCCCUCUCCCUCUCCGCUCCCGUGGGAAGCUUCAAUCUUGCAACCUGGAAAGAAUUGUCUGCAUGACUGUUUACAAACUGUAGAAACACAAAAGACUGGCUGCCCAGCCUGGGGCGACCGGAUCGGCUGGACCGUAGCUGCAGGGUCUGUGCAGCCCGAGAGGUGCCCGGCAUCCUUGCCCGCUGCCUGCUGUUUCUGCUGGGCCAGCUACCUCAUGGUGGGGCCAGCUCUGCUGUCCAGGAGAAGCACUGACUCUGAACUUGAAGUCUUGGGAGCCACCCCAGCUGUGCUCCAGAGCGCUGAGGUCUGCCUGCUCCCUCAGGGACGUUGGGGAUCGUGGUUGGGGGCAGGCCCCCGGCACCCCUCACUGCACAAGCACCCUAAUGUCAGAAGCACAAAAUGGUGGUGAUUUGAGCACAAUGCAGGGCUGGCGGCAGGCAACCUGGACAAACCAGCCCAGGAGGCCCCCCCCAAGACAGGCUCUGUCCUACGUAGACUGAGGGUGCCCACGCCAGGCCGCCCUGCUCAGACGGGGCUUGGCCCGAGGCCUGUCCUCCCCGAAGGCUGGCCCUGCAGGCAGGCUGCGCAGGAGGGCAGGGGGCCCAGGAGUGCUGCCCUCUUACCCCCGCAGGCCCAGGUCUCUACCUGAGCCCAGGCGCAUCCCAGCCCCGGGAGCCUAGCGAGCCUGCACCCACAUCCCGGCUCCCGGGUUGAGCCCCGUGCAAGCGCUGAGGUGUCCUCCGUCCCCACUGCCUGCGGCCUCUCGGCACGGCCCUGUGCCAACCUCUGUCCUCAGUGUUAACCAGGUCAGUGUUUUCGUCCCUUUUGGGGCCUGACCCCUCGAAGGCAGCACUUGGAGUUGACCCGGGAGCGUGCCGAGGAAGGAGAGAGGUGGAGAGGCAGAGGCCAGCACACCCGCACCUUGGAGGUGGUCAGAGUGCCAAUUCUCCCUCGGGAGGGGACAGCUGUGGAUCUGGGAGGGGCUCCCUGCCCACCCACCGUGGCUGCAGUGUAGCCUAGGAAAUCUUGCGCCCUCGGUUGUCCAGUCCCGCUGCAGUUUAAAGCACAAACCACCGUAGGGAAGACUGUCCCCGGGACCUUCUCACACCGCCCAGUUCGGUGGAGUUGCAGAUUCCUGCCCUCUCCCGUGGCAAGGCCCGUGUUCCCCGGGUGCCCGAAGCAGUCUGGGCUGGAUGCGGGCUCACCCCUGGUCGUCCCGCCACGGCCUGUGCCCGGUGUGCUCACCGGCUUGCUGUGGGCAGGGCCUGCCUGCAAGAACCCUGAGCUCCUUUCUGCCGAGCGGCUGAAACCCAGUGUCUGCCUCUUUGCCACCCAGCCAGGAAACUGCAUGCUGCUCCCAGCUUGGCGAGGCCUCCUGCUCUGGGCUCAGGAGCUAGGGCAUGGCCAGUGCCCCCCUACGGCCCUCCUGGGCCUGGCCCUCCUCUCCUGGCUCCCAGACCCUUCCCUGCCCUCUGAUGUGCAAGGAUAGAGUUACAGGGGAAGUUCUGUUUUCCCUAAGGCAUCUUUGUGCUGUUCCCCCACUUCAGCGCUCAGAUGAGCUCCCAGCUCCCCCACACACCCCAGUCCAGCCCUUUGAACUGCUGUCCCGAGGGCCUUGCAGGGGACAGGGCUCUUGUUUGAAGAGCCACGGGUCAGAGAGGAACCCUGACGGGAAGCCCUGCCCUGCCCACCAGCUCUCUUCUAGCUGUCUCCUGCCCAGGCGCAGGCUUCGUCUGGCUCACGCCCCUCCUCCGGGUGGGUCGCACAGGUGUGCAGAUAUUUUGUACCUCCGCCGAUGAUUGUACAUAGUGUAGGAAAGUUAUUUAAGCCUCAUGCUGUACAUUUCUGUUCCCAGACCGGAUGUGUGUGUUCUGAGAAACUGUCAUAAAUAAAACAUGAGUGACCGCUG